AUGCACACACGCACACACACACGCAAGGUCUCUCGCUCUCUCCCUCUCUGCCGUGCGCGCUACACGGUUUGGAGCACAGUCUAACCGCUCUUGCUCGCUCGCUCUUGAUUCCGGGAGAUUUUAACUAAUUUGCGGGCAUCAGGGAGCCGCUAUCAAUACUUCCGGGAAUUGAUAGAACUUCCGGGAGACUUGGGAUGUCUGUGCAGCAUAUGGUGUGUACUGCAGUUUGCCAUGUGCCAAUAUUCCAUUCAAAAACAGCCUCUGUCUCCACUGCCUUUUCUAUCCCUUUCUUUCUGCAAACUUCCUUUGACAUUUACUUGGAGCAGCUUUAAUGGCAAAGAGAUCUUGAAGAGUGGACAAAACCUUUUCCAGGACAAGACAUGUAUGGAAACAAGAUGGUCAUAUCCCGCGGAUAUCUGGCACGCUAGAACGCCCUAUUCUGGUCAAGUCUUUCCUGCCAACACCUGCUCCAACUCUGCUAAAGGGCAAUAGAAUGGACGAACAGAGCUGCACACUACCACCUCCCCUCAAAACGGAGGAAGACUACAUUCCAUAUCCUGGCGUACAUGAGGUAUUGGGUCGUACAGGCCCUUUACCUCUCAUUCUGCUGCCCCAGUUUGGGGGUUACUGGAUUGAAGGGACCAAUCAUGAUUUAAGCUCCUCCCUUACACCAGAGGAACCGCCCCCCUGCCCUGCAACACAGAUCAAACUAGAGACCAACAGCAUAGCAAAGAUAUACAGGAAACACUUCCUGGGAAAGGAGCACUUUAAUUAUUACUCAGUGGACAGCGCUCUGGGCCACUUGGUCUUCUCCGUGAAGUAUGAUGUGAUUGGAGACCAGGAGCACCUUCGACUGUUGCUUAGGUCAAAGUUUAAAACAUGCCAUGAUGUGAUACCGAUUUCCUGUCUGACAGAGUUCCCCAAUGUUGUCCAGAUGGCCAAGCUUGUCUGUGAAGAGGUGAAUGUGGACAGAUUUUAUCCAGUCUUAUACCCAAAGGCGUCCAGACUCAUUGUGACUUUUGAUGAGCACGUCAUCAGCAACAACUUCAAGUUUGGAAUCGUCUACCAGAAAUUCGCCCAGACAACAGAAGAGGAGCUUUUUGGGAACAGUGAGGAAAGUCCAGCCUUUGUUGAGUUUCUGGACUUCUUGGGACAGAAGAUUGAACUUCAUGAUUUUAAAGGGUUUCGUGGUGGCUUGGAUGUGACACACGGCCAGACAGGAACUGAGUCAGUCUACCACAACUUUCACAACAAAGAGAUCAUGUUCCAUGUGGCCACUAAACUGCCUUACACCGAAGGAGAUUCCCAGCAGCUCCAGAGGAAGAGGCAUAUAGGAAAUGACAUUGUGGCUAUAGUGUUCCAAGAAGAAAACACACCAUUUGUGCCAGAUAUGAUUGCAUCAAACUUCCUACAUGCUUACGUGGUCGUGCAAGUGGAGAAUGCCUGCACAGAUAAUGUCCUCUACAAGGUAUCUGUUACUGCAAGAGAUGAUGUGCCUUUCUUUGGACCUGCCCUUCCAGACCCAGCUAUCUUCAAGAAGAGUCCGGAGUUUCACGAGUUCCUCUUGACCAAACUGAUCAACGCUGAAUAUUCCUGCUAUAAAGCGGAGAAGUUUGCCAAGCUGGAGGAGAGAACACGUUCUGCUCUGAUGGAGACAUUGUAUGAGGAGCUUUACAUGAACAGUCAGUCCAUGAUGGGUCUGGGAGGAGAGGACGACAAACUGGAGAAUGGAGGAGGAGGGGGAGGCGGCUUCUUUGAGUCUUUCAAGCGAGUAAUCCGCAGCAGAAGUCAGAGUAUGGAUGCUAUGGGCCUCAGUAAUAAGAAACCACACACUGUUUCCACAAGCCACAGUGGAAGCUUUACACACAACCCUCCAGACACCCCCAAAACAACCAGCAUUUCCUUGAUCAUUCCUGGAAAAAGCCCAACCCGUAAGAAAUCUGGUCCGUUCAGUUCCAGGAGGAGUAGUGCUAUUGGGAUUGAGAACAUAGAAGAGGUUCAGGAGAGGAGCAGUAGAGAAGUUUCCCCUAGCCCACAGCGGGCAUCUGAUAUUGGACACAUUGCUCAGGACCUCAGAUCAGACGAUUCGUCCAAUCAGAGCUCACCAGAGAUGCCAACCACUAAGAUCAGUUCCGGCAUGUGCUGUCGAGCUCCUUCUAUCCCAGAGUCACAUGACCUGUCUCGCUCCUCAUCCAAUGCCAGCAGCUUCGCCAGUGUGGUGGAGGAGAACGAACAGGGGCAUGACACAGCCGAGGGGCAUGACACAGCCGAGGAGUACGACACCGGACUGGAGAGUCUGUCUUCGGCUGGUACGCCACAUAAGCGAGAUUUGUUCACAAACAGUGCCGUUUGGUUUGAAGACAGCUCCGGUAGUGCUAGUCAGAGCAGUCCACAUGGUCCCUUUCGACAGCACUCUGAACCUUUACAUCCCAAAACAGAGAGACAAGACUCGAACUGCUAGCUGUCCUGUAGGAUGUAGAUGGCUUCAUGGAUGUCCAUCAGCAGCAUUUUCAUACAUAGCCCUCCGUCGUGGAAAGCCUGUGUACUCACAUGAGUUCCUCUAGAGACACAGAUGUGAAGGAGAGCUAAUUGCUAGAAGUUACAGCAAAGCAGGCUGUACAGUCGGGCAAGUGUGCAUUAGAAAAUCAGCACACUCUUGUUAGGACACACCCCUUUAUCCUCUAUCAUGUGGGAGUUUGCCUACAGGCAAAAUAGCAAAUGCAGAGCACAUCUUGUGUUGUGUGAAAGCAUCAAGAAGGGACAAAUUCACAGUAGAGAAAUCUCUGCUUGUUUUGAAUUCACUCCUUUUAUUUGUAAAAGCAUGAUUAUUGCCUUAUCAUAGGUUUUUCUUUCUUUUCUUUCUCUUGAUGGUUGUCCAUAUACUGUCUGCUUGUUUGUUGUUUUUUAAUUUUCAUAUUUAGCUAUUUAUUUAUUUAUUUAUUUAUUGAGGCUCGCUAUUGGAGUAGAUCUUUUAGUAACAGAAGAAGAAAAGAUGAAAAAAUUCUUAAUCAGUAUUUUAGCACACUUUAUUAUAAUGUUGUAUUCGUUAAUGACAUUAGUGAUCAUGAACUAACAAUGAACAAUACUUUUACACCACUUAACAAUCUUAAUGUUAAUGUCAUCAUAUACUUGUACAGUUUUAACAUUUAAAGGGUAACACUUUACAAAAACAAUUGUAUUCGUUUGCAUUAGUUAACUACAUUAGUUAACAAACUAACAAUGAACAAUAUAUUUUUACAUCAUUUAAUUAUCUAGUUAAUUUCAGCAUAUACUAAUAUAUUUGCAAAAAUAAAAGUAAUAUGGUAACAUUAGUUAAUGCAUUAUGAACUAACUGUAGAGCGGUCGGAGGAGGGCGGGGCCGGGCUGGAACAACGCACGCCCGGUCCCCAAUCAGCCUGAUGGGGGCGCGCGAGGGAUAAAGGCGACCGGUGACGACGGUUCGAGAGAGAAUGACACGGGGCUUCUCUGUGUUUAUGUUUGUGUGUUUUCGUACAGUUUACCAUUAAACUAUUAUUUAUAUUGUCAAGCCGGUUCUCACCUCCUCCUUGCCCAUUAAUCCCUUUAUACUAACUAAUUGACAACUAACAUACAAUUUUAUUUUCAUAAAUUAAAAUUCAUUAAGAGUAAUAUACAGUAUAUUGUUAAAAAUAUUGCUCAUUGUUAGUUCAUGAUACCUAAAGCAUAUUCAAGUUAACAAACACAAACUUAUUUUAAAGUUUUAUUAUUAAAAUGUGUUAAUUAUAUGUUAAUAUGUUAACACUAAUUCACUAUGCACUAUGAAGUCACUUGAACCAACAAUGAACAAUUGUAAAUGCACAAAUUAAUAUCAACCAAGGUUUAUAAAUGCUAAAAAAAAGAUAUUAAGACUUCUUUUCAGAGAAUAUUGAAUUUAAUAUUUUUUUGACCGCAUUGGCAAGUCGUUUUUUCUUGUUUUAAACCUAAUUACAUUUUUUGGGGAUUUAUGUAAAAUAAUAAUAAUCAAAUUAAAUCAACUAAAAGUAAAGUGUUUUAAGGAUGUUCAGACUUUUUUGAUUGGAAAAUAAGAAAAAAGUACUGAAAUCGAAAAGGUCAUGAGAUGUCUACAUCUUUCAAAAUAAUAAAUAACAACUAAGGUUCAACCUAAACUCAUCAUGCUUGAAACGCUCAAACAUGUGAACACACACAACACUGUAAUACACACAUGACCGUGUGUAGUUUUGUUUUUGUACUUGUGGUGUUUGUCUUGUGUCGUUAUCUUUCAGUAAUGAAUAAUGAUGUUGGAAAUCAAUAUUGUUAAUGUUAAAUGUCGUCUAUAGUUGACUUGAUCUUGUUUCUGGUGUGAAGAUCAAGCCAUUUCAAAUCCUGUCCAAUAUGGCAUUAAAAUGUAUGACCAAAUGAAUAGGUCAGGUGUGAGAUUAUGUACAAUUUCGUAAUAUUAUUUAUUAAGAGUAAGCUAAUAUUUUCCUGAUCUGGAUAUUUUAUAUGACCACAGCUUGACUCUGCUGUGGUAAAACUGACAACUAUGUGAAAUCCACUAAUGUUCUGUAGCUUCCAAUUGUAGUUUAGUGUUUUAAGGUAAUUCAAAUGAGCAAAGCUAGAUGUGCAAAUGUAUCUUGGGAAUCCAUUCAACAAGUUAUAGUGAAGUUUUUUUUCUUACAAUGGCAACAGUGAGCAUUAUGAAUGUAAAACGUAGACAUACACAGGGUUCCCACACCUUUUGACCAAUGAAUUCCCAUACUUAGCAAGUUGUUCAUGGUCAUUAGAAAAUGAUGUCCAUUUUUAUUUCAGUUAUGUCACUGGAAUUUAAUACAUUUAAACAAUUACACAUAAUUAUAGUGCAUAUGAUCAUGAAAAUGGGCGUAAAACACCAGGUCACAAUUUACUGAAGCUCAAUUUUUAUGUAAAAACAACCCUUUUCAGAACUGUGAUUGGCCGUUUUUACACUUAAUUGUACUGUGGUUUUACCAUGGUACAGUAAUGGUAUCAAAUGGUAAUACCAUAGUGAUAUGGUAUAGAUAUGCUAUGAUAUUUGCAUGGCACUUCAAAGAAUACUAUGGUGCUGUCAUCAUGGUAAUGUCCAAAAAUGUGUUAUUGCUAUGAUACUUUUAAGAGCAAUGUCCCAUAUCUUUGAUGAAGAGGUACAUUACAACUAAACUAAGUUCACAGCAUUUGCUAAGUACUGCUACUCAACAGACAUUUGGGUCUGUCGGGAUUUUACCUAUAAAACAGUUUGUUCAGAAUGGAAAUUAAAACAAGGAUAGGAAGAGAAAUGCACCAUCCACAACAGAGGAUGUGCUAGUGCCCAAAGUCUGCUGAUUUAUUGAACUGUAUACAUACUGCAUUUGCACACGCUUUGACAUUUUAUCACAAACUCAUUCCAAACACAGCACCAAAUGCUUAAUGUGAUUGUGUUCUCUUUUAUAACAAGUGCUUAAGCUACUCUUAUGAAAUGCUUCAAUGUAAAUAAAUGUUUUUUUUUUUUUUGUAAUUAAAAGGUUCAUUGAAUGUUUAUUUAUUGCUUUAAUGUAUAAUGGGGUAUGGCAAGACAUGCACUCAAGAAAUGAAGUCACCAAAAAAAAAAAGAAAAGGCAAUUAAGGCAUUAAUAACACUUAAAGGAAUAUUUUCGAGUUCAAUACAAGUUAAGUUGAGUCAACAGCAAAAACAAUGUUCAAACAACUUUACAGCUCAAAUAACACACAAGUUUUAUCCGAAGAAUUAAUGUAAGAGCAUUUUUAAAAUAAUACGCUUCACAUUUCUGCCUUCAAACCCUCCAAAAAUUGGCCCCAUUCACUUCCAUUUUAAGUGCAUCACUGUAACCCAGAGUUUUGCUUUUGUCUUCUUUUUAAAAAAGAAAAGGAGGGAUGAGUCAAAAUAAUUUGUGGUUAUGACACAAAAUGCUGUCGAUUGAGCUUAAGAUGUAUUGAACCAGGAAUAUCUCUUUAGAGAAUAUUUAGUAUUUAUGUUGAAAAAAAUUGGUUCAUAGUGAACUUGGAUACUCAGAAAUGCAUCAAGUAAAAUUCAAGUAAAAUAAAUUGUCAUGAAAGAAAAACACUUAUGCUCUUCAGUGGAUAGCAUUAUUUGUGUAUCACUCUCCAAAACAUUCUUCAUAAUUAUAAGCCAUUCAUUUUCUAAGAAGCCUUG